AUGGAAGUGGAACACCAAAUCGCCAAACUGAUGGUACAGCUUUCUCAGUCCCAAGACAAUGAGAUUGGGGAUGGUACAACUGGAGUGGUUGUUCUCGCUGGCGCCUUACUAGAGGAGUCAGAGGCCUUACUAGAUCAAGGUAUUCACCCAAUCAGAAUAGCCGAUGGAUUCGAGAAGGCUUGCAACGUGGCCGUUCAAGAGCUUGAUCGAAUCAGUGCCAAAACAACCCAGUUAGAAAAGGUCGCCACCACCAGUUUAGGUAGUGAAAUUUGA